GCGAUGAACUCAGCCGGGGCGCUCUCUGUGGCCAGGCGGCAGGAUACCGCAGAAGCGAGAGAAGGAAGAAGCGCCUUUAAUAGGUCUUACGCGUGUCCACUUUCAGCCUGGGGGUUUGCACCUCCUGUCUCCGCCCAAGUUGGAAGGGGCGUCCCCUGGGCUCUGUCCCCUUGAGCGGCCGUAAGGUGGGGCUCAGAGCUAGGUGGGGCACCUGAAAGUCGCCUUUCUUCCGAGACUUCCAAGCCCGCAUUGGCAGUCGAUACGGGCAUCGCUAGGUCCUGUCCGGGAGCGGAGGAACCCUGCAUUCUUCCCGCUCUGCGAUCCCCGGGUUUCGGCAUCUUCCCCUUACGUCCCAUCCCUCUGCCUCGGAGGAAGCGCUCCUGUGAGGACCUGAGACGCGUUCUGAGUGCCCUGCCGGCCCGGAUAAGAAUCAGAACAAAGAAGGCCCGCGGGGUGGGGUUUGGGAGAACCUGUGCAGGAGCUGCCGGGGACCGCAGCCUCUGCUCUCGAUCUCCACGGAGGCGGUCGCAGUGGCAGGGGGAUGUGCCUAGUUCAGCGACCUGGGGUGGGAUGUGGGCGCCUGCACAGAGUCUGGGAGCAGAAACGUAGCCCUCGAAUCUUUAAGGGUUCUAGCCGCUGCUGCGCCUGCAGGUCCUUGAACAACAACCCCUCCCGAUUUCGCUGGCUGGAACAGGGUCCCUAAAGUACCCGCGGGGGGCUGUCACUAUGGCCCAUUACAAAGCCGCCGACUCGAAGCGCGAGCAGUUCCGGAGGUACUUGGAGAAGUCGGGGGUGCUGGACACGCUGACCAAGGUUUUGGUAGCCUUAUAUGAAGAACCAGAGAAACCUAAUAGUGCUUUGGAUUUUUUAAAGCAUCACUUAGGAGCUGCUACCCCAGAAAAUCCAGAAAUAGAGCUGCUUCGCCUAGAAUUGGCAGAAAUGAAAGAGAAAUAUGAAGCUAUUGUAGAAGAAAAUAAAAAACUGAAAACAAAGCUUGCUCAGUAUGAACCACCUCGGGAGGAGAAGCGUGCUGAAUAGGAUUCUUCUCAGUUGAAAAGACACUGAAAAAUGGUUUUGUAUGACUUGAAUAGUUUGUAUAGUAUAUAAUCUUUUCCGAACAGAUGCUAUAGCACUCUUUUAAUAUGUUAAAUUCACCUAUCACACUUUAACUGUUAUAAACACAUAUACUUAGAAUCACCAAUAAAAACUCAAUAUAA